CGAAAAGCGGUGAACAUCGAGGAGAGGUCGUGGAGUAUUUUACCAUCUUUGCCACCAUCGCCGUUCGCCAAUUACACCAUGGCUGAUACCGAAAAGGCGCCGCAGCCGCAGCCCCAACAACAACUAGAACAACAACCUCAAGCUCAACAAGCUAAAACAGUUAAACAAAAGCAGGUCAUCGCUGAGAAAGUAUCGGGCACUGUGAAAUGGUUCAACGUCAAGAGUGGAUAUGGUUUCAUCAACAGGAAUGACACCAAGGAAGAUGUGUUUGUGCAUCAGACUGCCAUCGCCCGUAACAACCCACGUAAGGCUGUGCGCUCGGUCGGCGACGGAGAGGCGGUGGAGUUUGCCGUGGUUGCCGGGGAGAAAGGCUUUGAAGCAGCUGGUGUUACUGGUCCCGGUGGUGAGCCAGUAAAAGGCUCACCUUAUGCUGCAGACAAGCGCCGUGGCUACCACCGCCAAUAUUUCCCUCGUCAAGGUGGCGGACGAGGCGGUGAAGGAGCUCCACGCAGAGGAGGAUUAGGACGUCGUGGACCCCCGCCCAACCAAGGGGGUGCACAAGGAGAUGAGGGUCAAGAAGGAGGCAUUGUACCAUCUCAGCGCAGUUUUUUCCGUCGCAAUUUUCGCGGUGGACGCCGUGGGGGAGGUCCUGGCCCAAUGAAUAGAGGAGGGUUCCGCCGAGUGCGUCCGCGCAAUUUCCAGCCGGGGCAGGGAGGACAAAAUCAGGCUCAGCGCCAAAAUGGCCAGGAUGGAGAUGCCUCAGCUACAACAUCAAACCAACAGCAGGGGGCCAAGCCUAAAAGUAACAAACCUGUUGGUACUACUAUUGAGACAACUACCAAUGAGAGCCAGGCCUAGACAUCCAGAGGCCGUUAUGUGUGGCACAUCAUUUAUGUAGUGCAUGUUGAUUCUAGUUGUGUCACACUCCACCUCAACUUGUCUUGUCUGUACAACUGAUGAGUGUUAGUUUUUGAUGUUGUAUCGCAUUGAGAUCUUUGCGAAUUCUUUAUUUGUAUUGGAACGUAAGGAGCGGGGUCUCUAAUCUGGAACUGCAUAGGUAUCAUUGGAUCAAAGAUGUGAUAUUUUUAUCAUAAAUAAUAUAUUGAUGAAUUUAUAUGUUUUGGUUGUAUACUAAAUUAUGAAUUGUAUUUUAAACUUUUACUAAUCUCUAUUUUAUAAAGUUAUGAGGUAAGUCUACCUCACUUAAAGUUGUGCAAUGGCAGUAUAAAACAAAGUUUGAGAUGAUAUGCAGAUUCCAAUGCCCCAUAAAAUUGUGUUUUACAAUAUGUCAAAUUAUUUUAUUAAAAUUCUACAGUUGCAUGUUAUUUUAUUAUGUAUUGAAAAUCUUAGAACGUAAAGUAAAACACUCUCAGAAAAAUAAAAUACCUGUGUGAAAA